ACAGCCGGCUCAAAACAAGGAAGUGAAUCAGGAAGCUUCGGAUAACUAACAUAAGUUAUUAAGUGUGUUUUAUAGCAGUCGGACCACUAGUGGCUUUACUCAUGGCCGACACCAGUGGAAAUGUCAACCGCAAUGGUGAAGACGACGACGAAACAAAUGGCCGGAGUGUCCCCGCGAUAGACGAGGGUCCACCGGCGUGUCUUGCCAGUCCUGGACGCAGUAAAAGACUAAUUCUACAUGUGGAUCUGAACAACACCAUUCUGGUGUCAGACGCCGCGACGAGCCAAGGAACUGUUGCUGCUCUGGAAUAUUUCAUGACGACUGUGACGUGGGGCAAAAUGAACAAAGGAAAGUGGGAAUGGCUCAGUGACUCUCCCUCCCUGCUGCCACCAUGCGACGACGCCACCAGCUACUACUCUCAGUUUGGAUAUACCGGUACUCACGGCUUCACUUCAGCCGCAGGUCGGCGCUUCCGUGGGAUUCUGAAUGAGCAUCUCAAACUGCUGCGCUGGCCUGAGGGCUUGAAGGGAGACCGAGAUCUGACGAUUAAGGCCGAGGAUGGACACCUGUACCACUGGAUCCUCCCCUCCUUUUUCCAGCUGCUCAUAGACCUGACCCAGCAAGGGACUCCGUUUGCCGUCCACUUCCGUACAUUUGGAUGCGACCUAAUUCGUGUGCUGAGUGCUGUGUCCAAAGCUGUGACUGAAGGAGCUCAUCCUGUCUUUCCUGACCUCCCCGACCUGAAGUUAAGCGUGAACAAGACUGCAGGCAAGAUCCGCUGCAGCGCCAAAGAAGUUGUUGUGGCCAGAGGCGGUGAGCGGCUGUCGAGUCGCGACGGAGAGAGAAGCCUGUACGAGUACUUCAGCGCCGCUAACGGGCUGGGCGGCUUCCAGGACGACUAUGACUGGUGGCUGACUAACAACUAUUCCGCCCGGGGCGGCAAGCCUCUGUGGGUGGACCCCUUUGAUGAGACCGUUCAGCACAUCUUCAUCGACGACAACAUUCGACAGAACGAUGAGGACACCGUAGUGCAUCCCAAGGUUUUCUUGGCGCCGGGCUCGGCCGACACGCGCAUGGCGUCCAUCUCCGAGCUUUACGACGUGGCCCUGAUCCAGACCGACCUCCUCAAGGCCGUCUCUGAGCCAGACUACUUCACCCGGCGCGUCCGCAUCUGCCAGGAGAACUACGAGAAGAAUGUCCUGCAGGGGUCGGGCUAGUCCACGGCGCACCUGUCCUGGUCCUGAUGAACGCCACAUCGGGUACCUUUUAACUCAGGGCUGUUAGAAGUUUCUAGAUAUGACCGUGUUACAUUGUGCGAUGGAGAGUUACUUACUUAUUCAUGAUUUGAUGGGAGUCUAAAACAGGGGUGUCCAAAGUGCGGCCCGAGGGCCAUUUGCGGCCCGCAGGUAAUUUUUUAACGGCCCCACGGCACAUUCUAAAAAUACGAUGAAAAAAAAAAACAAAACAUAAAAAGUGGUAUAAAAGAGCAAACGGUGAAAUGUAACAAGAAAAUGUUGCAUUAUUUACUCUAAUAACACAAAGCUGCCAUGCAGGCUGUUUCUUUCUUUAAAAAAUAAUAACGAAUCAAAAUCAAUGUUAUUAUGAAUUAUUGACCUAUUCAAGGCUCCAUUUACUUCACAUUAAAUAUUCCACUUUGAGAUAUUUUGGGGGGAAAAUGUUGCAUAUUUUUUGGUUGCCAUUUAAAAAACAAAGUUUUUUUUUAAAGAAGAGCCCUAAAACGAACAAACAAAAAACAUAAACAACAAUAAAACUUAUAAUUGACGGAUAGAUCUGGGGCCGUACUCAUCAAGCUUCUUAGAAUUACUCCUAAGAAGUCUGCUAAGAGUUGACUUAAGAGUAAAUAAAUUAUUCGCUGAAAGCUGCACUUAAAAGUUAGUUAUCAAGCGUCUUACUCACACUUUCAGCGAAGUGUAGGACUGAAUCUUAAGUGUCACACUCAGAGCUGAAUUACGACAUUACUAUGUGCCGUAAACGGAAUUUUAGGUGACGUCAUUUCUGUGUCCAUAGAAAUGACCAAUCACGGAAGGGAAUCCCUUGUCUAAGAAUAAAGAAAUAUCUUGGAAAUAUUUAAGUGGACAAUGGGAGUGUAUAUUUUGACAAUAAACUACAAAAUAAUACAAAACAAACUAGUCCCCGCCGGCACUCACGCUACCGCUCCCUCUCUUCUCUCGCCCACACACUCACUGACGUCACUCACCUCACGGCCACACACAUACGCUACUGUCAUAACAUUUUCUUUCCAAUUCAUUAAUUAGGCAACUAAUUUGAAACUGGUGUGGGUGGCUCUAUAUAUACUAGCCCACUGCAGACACAUGCAGAAAUCAACAAGGAAUUGAAAAGUAUUAAAUCUGUGACAAAAAUAAUAUCCGCUCUGUCUAAACGAUACCGUUUGAUCAGCUGCUCGUCAUAAAAACAAAACAAAACAUUGUUCCGUUCCCUGAACGUUCGCGCACGUCUCUCUCGCCUCAGUGCCAUCCCCUGCUGGCAACUCCUAACCACUUAAGACACCUCUGAAGGUCUCUUAAAUAUCGUGGAGAGUAGGAGUGAUUCUUAGACUUAAGAACGUUGAUAAAAAGCUUUUAUUCUUAAGUUUGAGAGUAGGACUAAAUUUCGCAAAUUCUCAGGACUUAAGUGUAAAAUGGCACUCUAAGAAGCUUGAUAAGUACGGUCCCUGAAGUUGAUCUUGAGACUAUUGUGGUAAAAGUUAAAAAAAAUGUUGGAUUUAUUUUUUUAAACUUUACUGAGCAAUACCCUUUUGGAUCCCCAAUAAUUUUAGUGGGACUUUUUUUUUUUCAUUGCUCAAAAAAAUAAUGUAUUAAAACCAAUGUUGUUAUGAGUUAUUGACCUUUUUAAGACUCACUUUAUUAUAUAAUCUCAAAUAUUCCACUUUAAAAUUUUAUUGGGGGAAAAUAUUGCAUAUUUUGUGUUUUUUUUCCAUAAAAAAACACGGUUUUCCUUGACAAAAAUGGCAUACAACUUAAAUCUUUAAAGUGUUAUAUUGACAGAUAGACCUAAUGUUGAUCUAGAGAUUUAAACCUUGAAUAAUAAUAAUAAUAAUAAUAAUAAUAAUAAUAAUAAUAAAUAAUGACACAUUUGUAAUAUUUUUUUUGACCAAAACCUUUUGGGGUCCCCGGGAUCAAGCCUGAGUGGAGGCCUAAAUGUAUCUUUUUUAUACAUAUAUUGUAUUGGUUUUUAAAAUAAAAAACAUCAAAAUGGCCCCCGCUUGCUUUACCCUCAGUGGAAAAAGUUUGGACACCCCUGGUCUAAAAGAACAAAAAAAAAAAAAGGUUCUGAACUAUACUUAUUUGAUAAGUAGGAUAAAUUAAUUAUGACGCAAACUAUGCCAAAAGUAUUUGAAAAUAAUACACAUAAGCAACCUAUCAUGUGCAGGCCACACCAAAGGGCGUUACUGUCGCCCUGUUAAUAACCCGAGGCCACAUUAGCCAAUCAGAAGUCAUGUGCGGAAAAAGGUAUGAUUAUAAUAAUGACAACAUUAAUUGUCUUUUAAAUAAAUAAAUGGAUCAUACUCAUAGCGCUUUGACAUGAUAUGCAUGUAAUGUCUUUAUAAGCCCUUGUUGCGUCGGACCAGUUCUUCCUCCAAGGGAAUCUAAGUUACCGGUCAAUCCCAAGUUCUUUCGAUGACAUAUAUGCUGAGUAAGAAGGACCAUCAAGACAGAAAUGGAAUAUUUUCUAGUUUAUUCCAAAGCUUUGGGAGACCAACUUAAUUAAUACAUUCGUAUCGGCUGCUCUAGUUGAUCUGGCAUUCAAACGGAAAGAGACUACUUCUUGAAUCCGCAAACAGCCCCCACCCUCUCCAGAAAGGAAUACAGGCUCAUUGUUCUACUACAGAUAAGAUAUAAGGGAGUACUCCAACUCCUACAUUCCAAGUUUUCAAGGUAACACACACAGUUUACUUGCGGAAAUAAAAUUAAAAAAAAGAGUACAAAUGGAAAAACACUAGCUGCUUCAAACAUGACUAUGAAUAAAGAAAUAACUCUUAAAAAUAUAUGCAUUCUCCACACCCUCCACACAGCUUUCACACAAACUUAUCUUAUGUUCUUCAAACAUUUCAUUCGUGUGUUAGUUGGUUAGUACCCUUCAAUGGUGUCAAAGGCCAAAAUACAACCAAAUUCUGUAAGGCACAGGUGUCAAAAUCAAGGCCAUUGGCCUGCUGCAAUGCAAGCAGCCCAUAUUAUUAUUCCUCAUACUUCAACUGGUAUUAUUAUUAUUAUAGUUCCGCACAAUUACGCUUACGCUUUAUACGAGACGAACUGGCCGACGAACCCCCACAUAUGCUAUACCGUCGGAAAGGUCUCCUUCCUGCCGACGGUUCCGCAGCCAUACAUUUUACAGCCGUGUUACUUGACAUGUGAGACAUGCUAACUGUUAGCAUGCUAUCGUUAACACACAUGCUAAGUUUUAGCGUUUAAAUGUGCGCAUGCAUGGCUAAUUUUGUACAUACAUCCAUCCAUCCAUUUUCUACCGCUUAUUCCCUUCGGGGUCGGGUCGCGGGGGGGCGCUGGAGCCUAUCUCAGCUACAAUCGGGCGGAAGGCGGGGUACACCCUGGACAAGUCGCCACCUCAUCGCAGGGCUAAUUUUGUACAGUUACACCUAAAACUCACAGCUUCGGACACUCCGCACCAUCUUCAAAGUAGGUCCAGGGCACAUAUAGCAGGCCAAUCAAAAUUUCCGCGGGAAUUUUCUAGUUAAUUAAAAUGGUCUUGAAUGUUAUUCCCAACUUUUUUUUUGUUAAAAUAAAAAUAAACACUGAAAUAUUUGCUUGACAUGCGAUUUUAAAGCAAAUUAUCCAUUCAAUUGUACACUGUAAAAAAUUACAAUACAUUUGACAAAUAAAAAACUAGCAAUUCAGCUGCAAGAAUUCUACCCUAAAAAGUAAUGUUUUUCAAUUUACAAUAACACACUAAAAACAAGCGUGUGUUUUACGAUAAAAUAAACAGUGGUACCAUUUUUCCAUUUACAGUUAAAAGAAAACAGUAUAUUUUACGGUAAAAAAAAAAGUUUUUUAAAAAAAAUUUAAAGUAAUACACUGUAAGAACAACAAACAUAUAUGUUACGGUAAAAAAAAGUAGUACUUUUUUUACUUUUCAGUAACAUGCUGUAAAAACAAAAACGGUAGCUCUGUCGCCUGAUUAUUACUGUGCAAAUUAUAGUAAUACAAUGUAAAAACAAAAAACAUACGAUUUUAAGAUAAAAAACAACAACUUACCAUGAAUUGAGUAACGUGGACCCCGAAAAACUUUUUCGGGUGUUACCAUUUAGUGGUCAAUUGUACGGAAUAUGUACUGUACUGUGCAAUCUACUAAUACAAGUUUCAAUCAAUCAAUCAACUGGCAGCUCAGCCGCUAUAAUUCUACCUUAAAAACAGUGAUAGUAAUAUACUGUAAAAUCAACAACUAUAGAUUUUACAGUGGAAACAAAGUGGCUGCCCAGUUGCCAGAAUUAUACUGUAAACAAAGACUGGUGUUGUUUUUCAAUUUACAGUAAUGCUCCAUAAGAACAACACAAAUUGAUUUUCCGCAAAAACUGGCCUCUCAGUCGCCUGAAUCUGGUUGGAAACAACAGUGGGACCGUUUUUUCAUUGAAGUAUAUGCUGUGAAAACCACCGUCCAUUUUAAUCUAUAAUUCUGGUGACUGAGCUUUUUUUUUUUUACCGCGGAAUCUUCAGCUUUUUUUCACCGUGUACGUAAAAAUAUAUGUAAAGUCAAAUGUAUAGACAAUUGUGUAACAAUCAUCAGAUGAAUCCUUACAUAUUUAAAUGCAUUUAUAUUCCACAAGCAGCCAUAACUGCGAUGUGGCCCUCAAUAAAAACGAGUCUG